UUCGGUUCAGUUCAGUUCACAGUCGCUGCUUUUACCGUCCAGUUAUCAGGUUUCACACUCAAAAUGCUACUACGGAUGACCCAGUUUCUUUGCCUUGGAGCACUUUUAUUGCUAAGUCUUAUGCAACUUACGCAGGCAGUGGCCACACCCAAUAAUAAUAACAAUAAUAUCAAGCCGAAGCCCGUGGUUCAGGUGCAGCCUGGAAAUCCGACAGGAAAUAAGCCAGCAAUUGCCACAACCACAAUUAAACCACAGAGAUUAGUACCAGAUCCUAAAUGUCUGCAGCCCUUGGAAGUGGGUCCUUGCCGGAUGAAUCUGGAGCGUUACUACUACAACAAGGAUAAAAAAGCGUGUGAGACCUUUAAGUAUGGCGGAUGUCGGGGAAACGAUAAUCGUUGGGGAUUCCGGCAAACUUGCGAGGAGGCCUGUCUACCAAAAAAGUGAUCAUAUAAUGGCGAACAUGGCUGUAUAGAUUGCAUAGAUAUAUUACGAACUUAAAUAUAAUUGUUUCUUCUUAUGUCUAAAAUUAACGUUUAGUAACAUGUUCAGAGUAUGUUGUAAGCUCCUUUAAAUUUAUUCGGUUUACAUAAAGAUUAUCUAUAUAACCACAAAUUAAAGGACAUUCAAUGAAUUUUUUUACAUACAUAGGUAACGUAGGUCAAGAUUAUAAAUAUUUGAUUUCACGCUUGAUACAUUUUUAAGCAUAUAUAUUUCUACUAACUAUAUAACAUUACCAGGUACCGCUAGUUGGUUCCAAUAAAAGGCAUAAUGGUGAAAAUA